AAUUCUUAAGUUAAGAGCGCAAUACUUACACAGAAAAUUACAAACUGCGCUACAGGGUGCUUGCGUUUAGGUACUCGAUCGUAUGUGGUGUCGACCUUGGUUUUAGGGUUUGCUUUUUUCGCUGGUAAAAUGCAGUCAGAGGGGAGCGAAUAUUCCAGCGAUGUUCCUUUACAGUUAACGGAAUCGCUCCAAAUCUCCUCGGGAUUGUUCACCAUUGCCGUGGUGUUUGGGGUGUUUUUGGGACUAAUUGCCGCUGUUCUCUUGCAUGUGUUCUUCCUAAAACCAUUUUUUCUUCAGGGAAGAAAGUUUAAAGAUGUUGACCCCUGGAAGCUGCUAGAGGUGGAUGCGACAGAUGAGAAAACUGUGGAAAGUGGCAGUACUGGAAGGAACACAGGUCCUUCAGAAGCAGGAAAGCAGACAGAUCCUGUAAACAGUGAUAUAGCUGCAUUUGCAUUGAAGGCAAAAGUUGUUUAUCCCAUCAGUCAGAGAUACAGACCUUUAGCUGAUGGUGCCUCAAAUCCCUCCCUGCAUGAGCACCCCAAACCAUCAGCUCCACCUGUCCAGGGAUCCACGUCCUCAUCUAGCGAUGACUGGCUGAGCCAAGACAGGGAGGAAAAUGAGAGCCGUCAGUAUAACUGCCCAGGUCAUGCCUCCAAAACACAGCAGAGUCUCACCUUUAGGACAGCGGCGUGCUAUCUGCACACACUAUGCUAUCCUGGGUGUGAAGGCCGAGUGAGUUUGCUCUAUCUGACACUGCAGAACCUUUAUGUGCAUACAGCUCAACUGCAGCAGGAGAAAUGGGAUAUAUUUCUCCAGAUUCUAGGGACUCUAUUCAGCAGAGAGAAUGAUCUUCUAAACAAGCAAUUCCAGCAACAAGAAAAGGAUGUAGAACAGCUGAAGAGGGGUAUGCCAUCUGAACUACUGCCCUGGGAGAAGAUGGCAGUACCCAGCCCAUCAGUCUGUUCCACAGAGGAUGUGGAGAAAGCAGGAAGAGAGAAACUGGACCACAAUCUACAUACAGCUCUGAGUUUUGCUAAACAAUUGGAGCGGUUUUGCCAGCAUCUGUUUAGCUGCAUGCCCAGUGAUGCCACACAGAAAACAGCAUCUACACUCAUCAGCUACAUGCUGUUGGUGGAGGAGCAGCUGUCAGACAUUCAGGCAGCCAUCAUAAAGAUGCUCUAUGAUAGGUUGCAGUGGUGGGAGGAGAUUUCUGGUUGGCUAAAAUUUAGGAUAACCCUGUGGAGGCAGGAGGCAGAUCUUAGAAUGGAACUAACCACUCAGUUACUAGAGGAGCUGACAGCUGAUGGACAGCUGGUGUUUGGCCACAUGAUGAAAUUGGUCAAUGAUCUGCAGACUUCAGUGACUGAAGAGCUACACCGCUGCUCUCAUGAGAUUAGGCAACAGACAGUGAAGUUGGUCUAUGAGCACUGCAGGAAGGUGGAUGUGAGGAUGAGGAAGAUGAAGAAGGCCCAGGCCAGAGAGAGGAGUCAAAGGCUUGAUUCAUAUGCGCUUCAACAGCAGGAUGCUCACCAGGUUGUCAUAAUGUUGGAGGAGCUUCAGGCCAAACACUGGAAGCAGAUGAUGGACUUUGAGCUACAGCAGGACAGGAGAGUAUCUGACAAAGUGUGUGAUCUAUGGAAGAAGUUAUUUUGUAAUUUUUCGGGAUGUUUAACGGAGCGAUGGAGAGAGUGUGUACUUCGCACACUCACUGCAUGCUCUGCUCUGUCAGUGGAGCACUGCCAGUUAUUGCUGCACAACACAGAACUCACACUGGCCAGUAAGGUCCAGCAAGAGAAGAGUCACAUUCACCUGCCCCUGCACUCACUCACACAGCAUCUGGAGCGAGCCAGAGAGGCUUGGGCUGAAGAAGAAGCUCUGGCUAAAGCCUGUCUUAAACACCUAGGCAGCCAACACAUGAAGGUUGUCAUGGCAAUGGUUUCUAGACUGAGGGAUAUACAGGAGAGUGGUGGUCUUAUUAAGGAAAAACAACACCUCCUAGUAUUAGAGAUCCAGAGAAUUUUUGCUGCUCGUCACUUCUACAACCACACUGUAAAGGAAAUGAAGCUUACACAGCUUAGAUUACAGCGAGAUCCACAGAGCCUUCAACAGGAGCUCCUGUCAGAACUGGAGCCUGCCUCUGAGUUCCUUCAAGUACACGCCCAAUUCCUAAUUGGCCACGCCCUUGCCAACACUGUUCGGCUGCGACUGGUAGCCUCACAGCCUGGUAACAUGGCAACAGCAGUUGAGACACACAAGCAGGAGCAGCUGAAGAAGGCUGUAUGUGAGAGUGUGCAUGUAACGCAAGAUUCUGUUACUGCACUCAUAAUGAACUACUACUCCCAUAUUCAAACUAUCAUCACAGCAACGCAGCACGGUCAUCCGCACCAGAAUGCCAAGGUGAGAGAAAGACAGCGAAAGAGAAGAGAGUGUGUCAGAACUCUACAGAGAGAGCUGUGUAACUGGGCCAGAAAGCCUCACUCUGCUGAGUUUUACAAGAGAGUUGAGCUACAGAAGAGGUGCUGUCUCUCUCAGUAUGAGGAGUGGGUGUGUGAGGAUAGAGGAGAGCCAGUGGAUCUGCAGCUUCAAACACACAUAAUCGGAGAGCAGCUCAGAGAAGAGGAAGAUAGUUUCCUGUCUCGACUUGCAGCGCUAGCAAGAGUUCCUCUUACUGACACACCUACAAAUAGCCUUGCAGAUGUACAGAUAACGGCAUUGCCACUGAAAACCCAAGUGACAGAAAGACCUUAAUCUAAACCUUUUGUCAGUGCUGCCCCCUACAGCAGAUUGGUGAACAAAAGGAGACGACCUGCAGAACUGAUUGGGGUGUGAAAGUGUAUAUGCAUACACAGGUGGAGGGCACAUUCUUUAAUGAAUUUUUUUGCUAAAUUCUUUCUUUUGUAUUUUAUUUCAUACUGCUGGAGGUUAUUAGCUACAAUAAUACUACAAUACUAAAAGCACAACAUUGAAACAAUGAGUAAUGAAAAAAAAAAAAAAAACAGAGCUACAGAAAUAUUGUAGUUGGUGGUGGUGUUUAAGAUUUUGGGACCUGCUGGACACUUGCCUCUACUAGAAUAUGAUUAGAGUUUAAAAUGCAUGAUAAAUCUGAGUAAAGAAACAAGAACCACUUCAAAGCACUAUUAGACUCAACAUGCAGUUAACAAACUAUCUACAUGCAGUAAUAAACACACUUCUGCUCCAGGGUUCCCUGGGCAGAGGCAGUAAGCAC